UUGUCAGACACUGGAUUUAUGGCAACACCUGUGCGUCGAUUAUCACACAACAGUCGUCAUUACCCACGCAGUGAUCCGAACAACAGGAGCAUCAUGACAUCUCAGAGCAGCGUUGUGAUCGAGCCAGAGGAGAAGACAAUCUCCGAGGGUAAAUCUGAAGAGAAGAGAGUUGUUGUCGUUUCUACUGUCUUCGGUCGAAUCUCCCAGUUCUGGCCCUUCAGAUUCACGAUGCGCGCUUUCCGUGGGUUCUGGUGGUUUUUCGGUUUCUCCACUCCAGAGAAGCCGCUUGCCCUCGCUGAAGGUGACUCUCCGACCCGUCCCUGCCGCACAGGACGUAAACGAUUGUGGCGGGCGACUCGCAUCCUGCUCGCUAUCUUGCCAUGCAGGGUUCAGAGUGCUCUGGGCUACCCGGUGUGCACCAGCAUCGGCCGAACAGUUUCCCCAGAGGUGCAGGGCUCCCCCACCAAACCGUGUGGAAAGGGCAGCAAGAGGAAGCAGGAUGACGUGGAUGAUGAGGAUGAAGAUGCCGAGCAGCAGUCCUGGGUGGAGGCCCUUAAUCAGGAGCUGGCUGAUGAGGAUGCAGCUGAUCCAGAGGAUCCUGACUAUGAGCCGAGCAGCAUAGUCACAGACAGUGAGGAGUACCAGUCCCACAACAACACAGACAGUGACAUUGAGGUGGACAAAGGUGUUGUUGUAAUCAAAGAUGUUCCAUUGGAUGCGGCUUCCUCUGACUCGUAGUGGAAAGUGAAUGGUGUCGGUUAAGGUCUUGUUCGUUUGGACUGUGUUCUAUUUUUUUGUAUACAUGUAUGUAAUAUAUAUUUGAAAAAUAAAGUGGUUCUUUAAAAAAAUU